AUGGACGACGCCCUCACAGCUCAACAGCAGCAAGACAAUGACGCCGUCGCGGCUGCCGCCGCCGCGGCCGCUGCCGCUGCCCAGCUCGGCCUGGCCGACCUCCAGCCACCCCAACAACACCACUUCCAUCACAACCUCCAGCAACCAGACUUUAGCCAGACGCACAAGGACGAUGGGACGCCACAUGACGAGGUCGAUGUCCACGCCUUGGAGAUCCCCGUCGAGGGCGAGGAUGAGGUCGGGCUGCACGAGCAUGACCUCGACCUUAGCCUGAGUUUGGCAGGCACCCCGCAUGCUAUCGACCCCACCCCGAGAGCAUCGUAUGGCCGGCCGCCAUCCAUCCGGAAAGCUUGCGACUUGUGUCAUGCCGCCAAGCAGAAGUGUUCCGGCGACCGUCCGGCAUGCACAAGAUGCGCUCAGGGUGGCUGGCAGUGCGUCUACGCUCCACGGCAACGGAGGAGGACAGUCCCCAAGGACCAGAAGCUUGCGGGGCUCGAUGCAAGGUCUCACGGCCUUGGCGGCCUAGGCAGUCUCGGCAAGAAGCGCAAACUCCAGCGCGACAGCAUGACGCUUGGGACCGACGGCCUCGACAUGAGAAUGGCCAUGGGCAUGGCGAUGGACCUGGGCUUGGCAGAGGAAGAGGAGGACGAGCAUCUCUUGACAAUGACCGACGACCAGAUGCUGGAGUCCAUUGCGAUUGAUGGCUACCUCGCCGACCUUCCUCUGGGCACGUUUGUGCACAACCUUCCCUACAACUCGGCCCCUCCGGCGUCGGCGAAUGCGUUUGGGGCCGACGAUUUCUCCGCCCCGGGUGAUGCGUACAACUCCUCUGAGAUGGACCAGCACACCACGUCAGCCCUUCGUGACGCCAUCUUCUCGCUCAACGAGUCGAGCGGCGCCGGCCAGGGCCACGACCAGACGGGCGCAGAGGGUCACGUUGUUGAUGGCACCGACCAGCAGGGCAUGGAGAACAUCGACCAGCAGGGACUCGACCCCCAUCUGGCUCUGCUCGACCUGUCUCACGCCAUGCCUGUGGAGGAGGGACCGCAGCCCGACCCUACGGCUGACCUCAACCUCAACAACAUCCCCUCGCCGCAGUACCCCGCCCAGUGCCAGCACAUUGCCCUCGUUCCAAGAAUCCUCGCCCUCCUCACGCAGCACCCUCUCGAGCCCAAGCCUGGAUCGAACACGCCCCUCAGCAUGUACAUCUUCGCCCCGCUCGCCCGCUCCCUCCGCCUCUUCCACUCGAUCACACACUGCCAGCACUGCUCUGGCUCGCCACAACAGACGCUGCCGCAACUCGCGUUGCUGUCUCGCACAACAACCAUCCUCACCUAUCCCUUCCCGCCAUUGCCACCAAACGCGGCUGGGCAGCCUUCGGCCCAGAUCACGAUUCACGGCGCGCGGCUGUCGGGCACGGGCAUCUCCGAGGCAAUUGAGCAGCACAUUGUCGGCGUCGCAUGGGACUCAUGGCGGGCAAGCAUUCGUGAAAUCUUCAACUCUUUCGAGCGCAAGGCGCAGGACGUGAUUCAGCAAAACGCCGCGCUCAACGCUAGCCCUGAUGGUGGUCAACCGCCAUCAAGUGCUGAGACGCAGAGGGCGGGUCUCAUGUUCCAGGCCAUGACACGGCUUGUGUCGGCCAUGAACGAGGUGGAGCGAGACUAG